AUGACAGUGCAUCCAUUUGGUGCCACGUCCUCCCCGUUUUGUGCUAAUUUUGCUCUACGAAAGGCAGUGUCCACAUUUGGUUCUAAUGAUUUGCUGGACGUCAUAGAUUGUUGCUUCUACGUGGAUGAUUGUUUAGCCUCCUUCGAUGAUGAUAAGUCUGCAGUUAGAUUUGCAACAAGCAUUACUGAAGUGUUAGCUAAGGCCGGCUUUCGUCUAACUAAGUGGGUCUCGAACAGCCUAGACGUUUUGAAGCAUAUAGAUCCAGAAGACAGAGCACCUACCGUACGAGAUUUGCCUGUUGAUACUCUACCAGUUGAACGCACAUUAGGUAUGCGAUGGGAUGUGAACUCUGAUACCUUUGGAUUUAGUGUUGGUGAUAUUGAUAAGCCAGUUACUCGGAGAGGUGUGCUCUCUGUGUUGUCGUCCGUGUUUGACCCACUUGGAUUAGUAGCACCUUAUCUACUUCCGGCUAGGAGGUUAUUUCAAGAGACAUGCAGGAAAGGGUUACAGUGGGAUGAACCAUUAAGUGAGAGGCAGAGAGAAGAGUGGAAGGGGUGGGUUAACAGUUUAAGAAUGCUGAAUCUACAUUCCGUCUCACGUCCACUUAAGCCGUCGAGAAAUCAUGAUAUAAUUGACUUCCAUGUUUUUUCUGAUGCCUCUGAGGUUGGAUUUGGUGCAGCCGUAUACAUCAGAACCACCUUAAGGAAUGAUAUAGAUGUUAGCCUGGUGAUGGGUAAAUCUAGAGUUGCACCUCUAAAGACGGUUUCGAUUCCGAGAUUAGAACUUAAUGCAGCCUUACUAGCUGCGCAGUUAUUCACAACGGUGUGUAAAGAGUUGGAUUACCCCAAGCAUCCCGUAACGUUUUGGACUGAUUCGAUGUCUGUGAUAUAUUAUAUACGCAACGAGUCAGCAAGAUAUGCAUGUUUUGUAGCUAACAGAGUAUCUCAAAUUCGUGAACUAACAACUGUUGAGCAGUGGAGGUACGUACCGUCUGGAAAAAAUCCAGCUGAUCUAGCCUCGCGAGGAGUUAUUGAUAUGAAUGUGGUUAAAAAUAAGUGGUGGAAAGGUCCAGAGUUCUUGCUAAGGGCUGAUAGUAUGUGGCCUCGUAGAGAAGAUGAACCACCGAUAAACGAGUGUGCCUUGGAGUUGAAGACAAGUGUCAGUUUAACAUCUACUCAAGAAAGACAUUCAGGUUUACAUCCACUUUUUAAAUAUUAUUCUUCUUGGUACAAACUACUGAAAGCUGUUGCGUGGUUGACACGAUAUGUUACGUAUUUAAAGGUCAUGCAUCUUGCGGGAUACGAAAAUAUGAAUGUGGGGCCUUUGAGAGUCGAAGAUAUUAGAAAUGCAGAGUUAGCGAUUUUGAGGGCUGCUCAGUGGGAAGCGUGGGGUGAGAUUGCCAAGGAGGAUAGUCCCGAUUUCGCAGAUUUCAAGGUGCGGUUAGAUAGAUUAUCUCCGAUAGUUUCCGAAGGGAUCGCUAGAGUUGGUGGACGUCUACAAAUGUUAGAAUCGUCAUAUGAGACCCGUCAUCCGGCUUUAUUACCUUGCUACCAUCCAGUCACUGAUCUCAUUAUAAGACACUACCAUGUUCUUGAAGGUCAUUUGGGUACUUCGCAAGUACUAUCAAGUAUUCGAUGUAAGUUCUGGAUAGUGAAGGGAGGUACCGCUGUCCGUAAAAUAAUUGAUAAGUGCAUGGAAUGUAAACUCCGAAAUGCUCGUCCAGUACAGCAGAUGAUGGCACCACUCCCAGCGUGGCAAGUUUCUGAAGGAAUGCACCCUCAACCAUGA